CAUCCCGGGGAUUUGGCCCCGGUGACCCCCCCCCUGUCCCAGCCCGGGGGUCUCUGUGCCCCCCAACCCCGGGGGGAGUCUGGUCCCAUAGGCUCCCCAGGCCCUGGAGUCUCUCUGCCCCACCUGGGGGUCCCAGCGUUGAUCCCAGCACUCCUGUCCCCACCGCCUCCCCCAGCCCACAGGCGUCUGCCCCCCAUUGCCUCAGGAGUCUUCAGCUUGCAGAGAGCAGUGGGGCCAGGCCAGCCCCCCCAAGACACCCACCCAAGGGACCAAGGAAGGGAGAAAGACCCAGGCCACCUCCUCACUAUGGCUGGGCAGGGGGAGACCGUGCUUGAGGACCAUGAGCAGACGUCCCUGGGGGUGACCCUCACCGACAGCCUCAUCGCCACGAGGAACCUGCCUCAGCUGGUGGAGCCCCUGCACCCAGAGAGCCGAUCCGCGGAGCUGCUGUCCCCCUCGACCAUCCGCUUGGAUCGGGAGAACAUCUGUGCUAUCGGGAGGCUCCAGAGCCUGCAGGAGAUUCACAGCCUCUAUCUGCAGCAGAACCAAAUUGAGAAGAUCGAGAAUCUGGGCUACUUUCCCAACCUGCGGUUCCUCUCCCUGGCUGGCAACCGCAUCCGCAGAGUGGAGAACCUGCAGCCCCUGCAACACCUGCGCGUCCUGGACUUGUCCCACAACCAGAUCCAGACGCUGGACCCAGAGGAGCUGCCCCGCAGCCUCCGUCUCCUCGACUUAACGGGCAACGAAUGCACCCACCAGCACGGAUACAGAGAGCUGGUGGUGGGAGCCCUGCCCCACCUCCUGCAGCUGGACGCCCAGCCCAUCCAUAGCAGCACGUGCGAGGAGGAGGAGGAGGAAGGAGGCUCUUCCAGCAGCGAAGAUGAAGACGACAAGCUGCUCUUUGAGUCGAGUGGCCCUUUCACUGCAGGCAAAGAUUUCUUUGCAGAUCUUCAGCAGGAGCUGGCUGAACGCUCGCAGCAGAGGCGGAGGGAGACCCUGAAGGAACACCAGGCCCGUCUGGAAGAGCUGGAGGAGCUGUGGGAGCGUCAGGGUCUUCUACUGCCUCCUCCACUGCCGAGCCCAGGCAGGGAGGGAGCAGCCCCAGCCCCCAGGCAGUCUCAGCCCCCUCCCCAAGCAAAACCAGGGACACAGUUGCCACCCCUGCCGGGAUCCAGCAGGCAGCACGCUUGCCUGCAGCCCCAGCAACCUCCUGGAAGGAACCAGCCCCAGACCAAGCCUCUGGAGGAGAAGACUCACACCACAGGAGAAAGAAAUAGGCAGUUACCCGCAAUACCCCACACCAGGCCAGCACCACGCAGUUGCAAUUAA